AUGAAUCAGCGUUCGACUAGCGCAAGUGACUCACCGUUAGUGAUUCACCAACAAAAGUCGACAUUUGCCAAUAACCAGUCGAACUUGGGUAACGCUACAACCACGAUUGAUAGCGACGAAGUAUCAACAGAAGUUCGUCGCUUUGCCGAAACACGGUAUCCAUUCCCUCCUUUUUUGGUCAAAUUCAAGGAGGAUAUUAAAGAAAGUAAUGUGAUUAAUGAAUUGAAACAAUAUAUGGAAGUCAAUUAUAAUAUCCAACUGGAAUUCGAAGGUUACAAAUUAAAAGGUAAACAAGAAUUACUAUUAUUCGUUAAAAACCGCGAAUCUUUCGUUAUCCUCUUUGGAUCGACGAACUGGCCAUCGACAUUAUGUUCUCUUGAUUUCCAGUUAGUGGUGCCUCGUCGUUUACCACCUCAAUUUUCUAUUAUGCUCCGUAACGUUGCUCCUGACAUGGAUACGAGUCAGCUAUUAAUGGAAUUGCAACAAGUUUAUCCGGAUAUAAUCAAUGCAUCUCGCAUAUUCAACAAAGACAAUGGACAAACAACGCUUGUUAGAUUGGAUAUUCAAAGUGUUAAAAUCAUAGAUGAAUUACUAAGAAAACAAUUUGUAUAUUUGUAUCAUUCACGUCAUCCAGUGAAUGAGUAUCUAGUCCCUGCUAAAGUGUUAGUGUGUUCAAAAUGUUUUCAACUUGGACACUUCCGUAGCAAUUGUCCUCAACAGCGGAAUAAAUGUAAAAUAUGUGGUUUGGAAGUAGACGAUCUCAAGAAACAUCGGGAAGAAGAUUGUGAUAAUCUAUCAAAAUGUGUAAGAUGUAAUGACAGUCACGGUUCGAAUGACAACAGAUGUCCAACGAUUAGAUCUUACCGUUCCAUAUUAACAAAACAAUUAUUAAGAACAACCGAAACGAAGCAGGUCAAGGACAAGGAUAGAGGAACCGCAUUUCAACAUAAUAAUAAUGAUUUUUCCCCAGUGCGAUGGUGA